UGACUAGCCAAUAGUAAAAAUGGCGGCAAUAGUAUUACCGGUCAAUCAGUUCUCAGCCUACUGAGGGAAGGGCAAAAGACUUGACUGCGGCGCCAAAUCUAACACGUGACAAUUGCUACAAAGGAGCCGGAACUUGAAGUAAGUGAUGCUAAGGAAACCUUGAGAACAUUUAGUUACAUUAAUCGGUGAGAAGCCUGAGAGUCGGUGAAGGAUUAGAAUGAGAGGUAGACAACGCUCUGUCAUUUACAGAUUACUCUUUGUGUGCAGCUCUGAAUUACUGAAGUUAAUGGAGCUUCCCGUUGCAAAGUGGCAAGACUAUGCGCAAUGCAAGUGGUCCCAGCUAUCCUCACAUGAAAAAGGAAAGUUUUCUCCAGGAUCAGAUCUUAAGGAGAGUUUCGAUGCGUGUUGGUUAUACCUCCAGCAGGAAGAAGAGGAGGUAUUAGAAAGGUUGAGCAGCGAUCUGAGUGUUGGAAAAGAACCUCAUGCUGUGCUAUUCUACAAGGAUGAGGGAAACAAGAGGUUUGGAAGAAAACAGUACACAGCUGCGACAGUACUAUAUACCAAGGCUAUCUGCCAUGGCACCCCUGGCACAGAGGAGAUGGCAGUGUGCUUUGCCAAUCGAUCAGCAGCGCUCUUUCACCUUGGCCAUUUCUCUGCAUGUUUGGAGGACAUUGAGCAUGCACAACAGAAUGGAUAUCCUGAGCGACUACAAAGCAAAAUUCUUCAGCGACAAGCAGACUGUUUGCAGAAACAGAAACAGCGUGACAUUUCUAACACUAAAUCCAGCAGGACUGAAAGUAAAUGUGUUGUGAACCACAGACAGCAGGAACUAAAGGGAAACCCUCAGCUGCCACAUGCAUCUAGCUCCGUGAACCUAAAAGUUAGCGCUUCCAAAGGACGACACUUGGUGGCAUCUAAGGAUAUAGGCGAAGGGGAGCUCUUGAUAUGUGAGGAAGCUUAUGUCAGUGUAGGAAUCCCGGACAGAGAGUCAGUCACAAAGAAAAACACAGGGGACAUUUCAAUUACAAAUUGUGAUCUUUACUGUCAUCACUGCCUGCAGAGAAUGACGGCUCCCCUACCCUGUCAGCACUGCAGUUUUGCCAGAUAUUGUACUAGUGAGUGCAUGGACCAGGCCUGGAAAUAUUAUCACAAUGUAGAAUGCUCAUUGGGUGGCUACCUUCUUGUAUUUGGUGUUUUUUGCCAUACUGCAUUGAGGACAGUUCUACUGACUGGUUACAAGCAGGUUUUAACCAUCUUCUCACAUUACAUAUCAGAGAAGUUUCAGGCCUGUGCUAUAGACGAGGACUGUAAACUGCCCUAUUCCAGUGACUAUAAAUCUUUAUUCAGCCUUCUAUCACACAUCGAGCACCACAAAGGGGAACACAAAUUUCUCUGUGCACUUACUAGUGCUGCAUUGUGCAAGAAACUGGACAUUGGUCUAUUGAGAAGCAUGGAAACCUCGCCACCUACUGGAGAUUCUGUGUCACUGAAGGACAAAUCCCAUGAUCUGCAGAUACUUGGGUCUAUGAUCCUUCAUCACAUGCUUCAGCUCCACUGUAAUGCCCAGGCUGUUACCGUUAUCCAUGAAGAAUUUCACGAGUCCGUUACCUCAUUGGUGGAAAGCAGCAAGAGUUCACGUCUAGCCACAGCGCUGUUCCCUGUUCUCAGCCUUCUAAAUCAUUCCUGUGACCCGAAUACUAGUGUUUCCUUCCAAGGCAGAUGUGUCAUGGUUAGAGCUAGCAGGCCGAUCAGAAAAGGAGAUGAAAUACUCCACUGUUAUGGACCUCACAAGUUACGAAUGACCUUUGAAAAAAGGCAAAAGUUACUGAAGGAUCAGUAUUUCUUUGUUUGCCAGUGUAAGGCUUGUAUCCAAGAGCAGAAGUCAACAGGCAGGACCCUCUGUGAUUUCCGCUGUCCAAGGUGCCAUUCCUUCCUGAAGGGAGAUGAUGUGCUACAUUGUGUCAACGAAUCCUGUGCACAUUGGUUGAGAAGAGAUGAAGUUUUGCUCCGUCUGCAAAAUCUCCAAUGUGCUGUUCAUGCGGCUCUAAAGCAACUGCAGAACGACUAUAUAGAGAUAGCACUAAGGAGGCUAGAGUCAUGUUUAUCAGAAGGCAAAGAGUUUCUUUCUCACAAUCACAUGUUGUUUGGAGAGAUCUUUGAUCAUCUGGCUCAUGCUGAAGCCUCAAAAGGUAACUGGGCUGCAGCAGCAGGGCACCUCCAAAAAAGUAUUGAGCUUGUGAGCCAAAGGUACGGUCCAUCUAGCGUAGAACUUGGGCAUGAACUCUUCAAGCUGGCUCAGAUUUUAUUCAAUGGACGUGAAGUAGAUGAUGCUUUGGGUAUUAUUAUGAGAGCACAGGACAUUCUAUCAGUGCACUAUGGACCUGACAAUGGUAUAGUGCAAGAGCUGCUGGAAAUGAAGGCAUGUCUGCUGGAGCUUCCUGGGAUGAAUACUGUGUGAGAGCAUUCCCUGGACACGAAUGGACUACGUAAAGCUUGUGAUGGGUCUUCAGUACUUUUAUACAAUUGCAUCUGUCAGCACUUGUAAACUCACAGGACGCACUUGGAAUUAAUGUUUCUUUGUGUAGCAAAUGCUAAGGGACCACGCCUUGCGUAAUAGACUUGUUACACAUUCUCUGUAAGUUGCUAUUCCCUUUGCAUAAACUAUUUUUAUAAAUAAGAACAAAGAAGAAUGUCCAGCGCA